AUGUUGACGAUGUUUAAAACUUCUGUUGGGAUGCGACCUCAACAGCGACAUCUCAAAGAGUUGCUUCUUGAUGUUGUUGGGAGAGAAGGAAAAACUGGGUCAUUGAGGCUAAAAGUUGUUGUAAACAGGCUCAAGGCGAGUGAAAAUUAUUUGACUACUUCAAAAGAAGAAAAACCUAACCGAACGCAAUAUGCCAGACAAACUAAUCGACAUUCUGGGAUAUUUUAA